GCAUCCACAUAGUGGCUCACAACCAUCUGUAAUGAGAUCUGCUGCCCUCUUCUGGCCUGCAGGCAUACAUGCAGUUAGAAUACUGUAUACAUAAUAAAUAAAUCUUUAAUAAAUAAAUAAAUACAAAAAAUAAGUAAAUGUAACAAAAAGAAGAUGGUAUUGAAGUCAGGCCCGAUGCCCACUCAAUGAGAGGGAAAUCAUGCCUAGUAGUGGUGGCCUGGCCAACUAUCCACAGCUCGUGAAGUCAUGAUCACCUUACAUAGGAGAACCUAUGAUCACCUUACAAAGCCAGCACAGCCCCUAACUUCAUCUAAAUAUCGUCCUUGUGCCCACAGAUAACUGUAGUCCUCACCCCUCAUCAAGGAAAGUUCUCUUUGCAACAGACAGAGGCCAUUACAGAGGCCACAACCAAUCAAAAUGCAGAUUUAUGGCGCCCGCUCCCAAUGGAUGCAUGUAUACUGCAAGCUGCACUAGGCUCAGGGAACACUGAGAAGAAGGCAUGAGGAGUGUAGACCAGAGGGCCAGUGAACCUGCUACGAGGUUGUGUUUUCUAGGAAUGUCAGAUGCUACACCCAUUGACGUCUCGCCAACAUGACCGCCUAAACAUGAGCUGAACAAGGAUGACAGACCAAAGCGGCUGGGAGGAAGCCCAUGAGCCUCAACCCUACACAGAAAGCCACAGGAGAAAUAGUCUUUCCCGGGGAAGAGCGCAUCAAUCGGUCAUCCAAUACCAAAUGGUCACACUGAAAACAGGGAAAGACCCAGGACAGAAUGUGAAUCUUCUCAUAUGCCAAGAAGUUCUAAAAAGAUUAGUUUCGAUUCCUCAGAAGCUGUGCUCCCCACUGGGCCCAGGGGAUCAGAUCCAUGUGGCCAACUCCAAAAGGAAACGAAACACUGACCCUGCCGCCUCCGCCACUCCCCGCCUUUUGACUUUGGAUUCCCUGGCAGCCUGCUCAGCCCGCGGUGGUUUCGGGGAAGUCAGAUGACCUUUUCUCUCCCCUGGCUCUCGGUGCUCCGGUCCUGACACCAUGGCCCCUCUGCUGGCUCUGCUCUGCCUGCUGCCGCUGUGCCCAGGCCUGGCAGCGCUCUCCUGUCCUCAGAAUGUCAAUAUCUCUGGUGGUACUUUCACCCUCAGCCAUGGCUGGGCCCCUGGGAGCGUCCUCACCUACGCCUGCCCCCUGGGCAGCUACCCAACCCCGGCCUGGAGACGAUGCCAGAGCAACGGGCAGUGGCAGACCCCGAGAUCCGGCCCGCUGUCCACCCUGCGGCGAUCCCCUCGGUGGGUUAAAGCAGUCUGCAAAGCUGUUCGCUGUCCGGCUCCGACUUCCUUUGAGAACGGCAUAUACACCCCUCGGCUGGGGUCUCACCCCGUGGGUGGCAACCUGAGUUUCCAGUGUGAGCAUGGCUUCACAUUGCGGGGCUCGCCUGUGCGGUACUGCCGCCCCAACGGCAUGUGGGAUGGGGAGACCGCUGUGUGUGACAGUGGGGCUGGCCACUGCCCCAACCCGGGCAUCUCAGUGGGCACAGUACGGACAGGCUCACGCUUUGACCUUGGGGACAAGGUCAGUUACCAAUGCUCCUCCUCAAAUCUGGUGCUGACUGGCUCCGCAGGGCGGGAGUGCCAGAGCAACGGGAUGUGGAGUGGAACAGAGCCCAUCUGCCGACAGCCAUACUCUUAUGACUUCCCUGAGGAUGUGGCCUCUGCCCUAGGCACCUCCUUCACCAACCUGCUUGGAGCUACCAAUCCCAUCCAGAAGAGGACAGAAAACCUGGGCCGUAGAAUCCAAAUCCAGCGCUCAGGUCACCUGAACCUCUAUCUGCUGCUCGAUGCGUCUCAAAGUGUGUCAGAAAAAGACUUUGAGAUCUUCAAGGAGAGCGCCUCCCUCAUGGUGGACAGGAUCUUCAGUUUUGAGAUCAAGGUCAGUGUUGCCAUCAUCACCUUCGCUUCCAAGCCCAAAACCAUCAUGUCGGUCGUGAGUGAGAAAUCCCAGAAUGUGGUGGAGGUGAUCAGCAGUCUGGACAAAGCCUGCUACAAAGAUCAUGAAAACGCCUCUGGCACUAACACUUACGAGGCUCUGAACAGUGUCUACCUCAUGAUGAAUAGCCUGAUGGCGCGCUUGAGCAUGGGAGGCUCUGCAUGGCAUGAAAUCCGCCACGCCAUUAUCCUCCUGACAGACGGAAAGUCCAACAUGGGUGGUCCUCCCAAGCCAGCAGUUGAUAACAUCAGAGAGAUUCUGAGCAUCAAUCAGAACAGGAACGACUAUCUGGACAUCUAUGCCAUUGGGGUGGGCAACCUGGAUGUGGACUGGAAAGAACUGAAUGAGCUGGGGUCCAAGAAGGACGGCGAGAGGCACGCCUUCAUCUUGAAGGACUCGCAGGCAGUGCAACAGGUCUUUGAGCAUAUGCUGGACGUCUCCAAGCUCACGGACACCAUCUGUGGGGUGGGGAACAUGUCUGCCAAUGCCUCUAACCAGGAGAGGACACCUUGGCAUGUCACCUUUAAGCCCAAGAGCAAGGAGACGUGCCGGGGGUCCCUCCUCUCUGACCAGUGGGUGUUGACAGCGGCCCACUGCUUCCAUGACUCCCAGAUGGAGGACCGUCACCUGUGGAGGGUCAUUGUGGGGGAUCCCGCCUCUCAUCAUGGCAAAGAAUUCCUUGUGGAGAAGGCGUUGAUUGCCCCUGGGUUCGAUGUCCAUGCCAAGCGGAGCCAGGGCAUCUCAGAGUUCUAUGCUGAUGAUAUUGCCCUGUUGAAGCUGGCCCAGAAAGUGAAAAUGUCCACUCAUGCCAGGCCAAUCUGCCUUCCUUGCACUGUGGAGGCCAACAUGGCUCUUCGAAGAUCCCCAGGUGGCACCUGUAGAGACCAUGAGACAGAACUUCUGAAUCAGCAGAAAGUUCCUGCACAUUUUGUGGCUUUGAAUGGGAACAAACUGAACAUUAACCUCAGGACAGGACCUGAGUGGACAAGCUGUAUCAAGGCCGUCUCCGAAAGCAAAAACAUCUUCCCCGGCUUGACAAACAUCAGUGAGAUAGUGACAGACCAGUUCCUGUGCAGCGGCAUGCAGGACGAGGACAACGAGGACAACGAGGACAAUCCCUGCAGAGGAGAGUCUGGGGGCGCGGUUUUCCUUGAGCGGAGAUACAGGUUCUUCCAGGUGGGCCUGGUGAGCUGGGGUCUUUAUGACCCUUGUUUCAGUUCCCCGAACAAAAACUCCCGCAGGAAGCCUCCCCAGGGGAUUCUGCCGAGAGACUUCCACAUCAAUCUCUUCCGCCUGCAGCCCUGGCUGAGGCAGCACCUGGAUGGCGUCCUGAACUUUUUGCCGCUUUAACAUGGUUCUUGGCUCCUUUACUGUUCUGACCUUCCUGUCUCCUGCCUCUGAGUGUCCUCCCUCCUGGGUACAUACAUUCUGGGCCCCAGGAAUCCAGAGACAGUAGCAAAAGCUGGGGAAUCCCCAGGGUUGCACAGGGACCACUCUCCAUCCCCCCUGCCCUGCCUGUGUGCAAACCUCUCCCUAGAGUGCAUGACUUGUGCUUUUCAUUCUCACAUGGAAUUUCCCAGUUAUGAAAUUAAUAAAAACCAGUGAUUUCCA